AUGUUAACUUUAACAACUGAUUAUAUUUCUUCAUUUGCAAUAAUGAAUACAAGUAACAAUACUACUACUAGUACUACUACUAAUAAUAAUAAUAAUAAUCGUAAUAAUAAUAAUGUUAGUAAUGAUAGUAAUAAUGAUGUUAAUUUCAUUGAUAAUAUAAAUGUAUACUCAUCAACCAAUUGUAGAAAUUAUCAUACUCAUGAAUUAUGUUCAAUAUCUGAAUUAAAUGAACAUUUAACACAAUCAAUAAUUUAUUCAAAAAAUGAUCAUAUAAAUAUAAAUGAAGAAAUUAUAACAAAUUUAACAUAUCCUUUAAAUGUUUCAAUUUCUUAUUCAUAUCCAUAUUAUUAUUCAUCAUAUCCUUAUCAACAAUUUAAUAUUCAAUCAUCAAAUCAACAAACAUCUAAUGAUUAUUUAAAACAAAAUGAAAUAACUUCUACAUUGAAUAAACUUAAUUCUACAACGGAAUUAACAAUGUUAAAUAAUAAUAAUAAUAUUUCAACUAGAAAAACAAUAUUAUCAACAUUAACAACAGCAACAACAACAGUAACCACGGCAACAACUAUAUCAGCAACACAAGUUACUGGAAAUAAUAUUUAUUCUAAUUUAUUAUUACCACAAUUUCAGACAACAAAAUUAAACAUGAAUUAUCCUGAAUUAUCUUUACAUGAUUUAACAUCAAAUCACUUGAAUGAAACGUAUUUAAAUGAUUUAAAACUAAUUAAAACAACAAUAAGUAAUUAUUUGCCUGAAAGAACAACUAGUAUCCAAUCUAAUCAUUGGUGUUUAACAUCAAAUGAAUUAAGAAACAUGGUUCAUAAAAGACAAAUAAAUCAUGAAGGAAAUAUAAUCGUUGAAAAUGCUCAUAAUCAUGUUGAUGAUAUUCAUAGACAUAGAGAUAAUAAUGAAGUUGUUGACAAUGAAGAAGAAAUCUAUGAUGAGAGUGAAAUAGACGAUGAAAGUGAUCUUGCACAUUUAAGUAGAGCACAAAACAAUAAAUCAUCAUCAUUAUCAUACGAAGAUAAACAAAACUUAACGUACGAAUCUGAAUAUUCAAACGAUAGUGAGAAUUCUAUGUGUUCAGAAGUCCAUAUAAGACUAAAUCCUGUCAACAGAAUAAAUCAUGAAACUGUUGGGAGAGUCAAACCAGAUUCCUCUACGUCACCAUUAUCCUCAGCAUCAUCUCAUUGGUCGAAUAAAUACGAACACAAAUCCUUGAAUUAUCAUACUCCAGUCAGCAGAAAUUCUCAAUCUUCAUCGAUCAUUAUACAUAAAUCAAGCAGUAUUAAUAAUAACAAUAGCGCCAAUGAAAAUGUCAACAAAAUAUCUAACAACAGUAUUGAUGACAGCACAAAUAUAAACAAUUUACAUCUAUGUGAAGAAACAAACAGGUUAAACUCAACGAUUCAAACACGAAUUCAUGAUUUAAAUUAUUCCGAUAAUCUGGUAAGUCCAGAUUAUUACACUUCCAAGAUUAAGUAUUUUUCAAAGUUGGUUCAAUCAUCCUCUUCAUAG